AUGGCUGUUGCACUUGCUUGGAUACUUUGUCCGAUUAUUUUUGGUACUUGUUUUCUCAGUCAAACAAUUUAUUUUCUUUACAAGAUAUUCAAAUCCAGAAACACUGAUUACUCUGGAGACGUAGCUAUCAGUACUAUUCAUAUCUCAGAAGGUGAAGCGAAAUGUUGUAUGGGUUGGGCAUGGACAUCAUGUAUAGAUAGAAGAACAAAUCGUAUGACAUUGAAAGUAUUUAUUAUAUGGUAUCUCGUUGCUUUAUGUCUUGAUAUACUUUUAACGGUCGCCUUUUAUUUUAUUAUUACUCAUUAUCAUAAUUAUUCUGUUUAA